GUCUCUAAUCAAUUUUUGUGUGACAAGACAGAGUGGAAGUACAUGUAAAACCAACCAUAGCACACAGUACAUUGUAGUGGUGCAUGUUUACCCACUAUUUUCAUGUCAACUAGUUUUGCCUGCCAAUUCUAGUGCAAGCAAGACUAAUCACUAAAAGUUGAAGCCUUAAAGCAGGGGAGGGAGUGAAAAGGAGAUAUCUUACUAAGGCUUUUGGACCUUGGAGCAAAUAUUAUUAUAACUAAUUUUAUUGUUAUCAUAAUUAUGGUUUUGCUAAGUCAGUGACCUAAUAGCAAAUAUAUAAGAAGACUCUCCAGCUCAGUUUGGAAUGCUCAUUUCACUCACGGAGAACCACACCGUCCACCAGUACCACUACUCAAGACUUGGGGAAGAGCAUAGAGAGACAGAGAGAAAGAACAUGAUUAGGGAACUGAGAGUAAGCACUCAUCAGGAUGCAGGAGGGAUUGGUGGUCUUUUCCUAGUCUUUUGGGCUGCUCUGAUCACCCUUUCUUUGAUUUCAGCCAUAAUUUUCUCUUGUGCAGAUGGUGUAUCAAAGGAUAAAACAACUUCAGGUGAAACAAACUUUUAUGGUGGAGGAUGUGCUGCUGGUUGUGGCGGUGCCGAAUGUGGUGCUGCUUGCGGCGGAUAAAUCCUUAAGUUCCUCAUUACUUUUACAGCAACAAAUCUUGGACAAAUUCCAAUAUUUAGCUUAGACAUACUGUCUUAAGGCUGCUGUGCUUGCUACUUUGAAAGGUAGAAUUGCAAGAUGAUGUACUAAUUUGUAAGUACUAACUAUCAAGGUUUAUGCAAUUACGGAAUGAGGCAGCUGGCUUCUGAUAAGAAACACUGUACCAUAAAGCUGCAACUUCCCAUAAUAUGCCUUUUAUUGUCCGAGAGAAUGUCAUGACUCAUUUAAUUUACCACGUUUUCAUUGAUCCUCUCUCCAAUUUCUUGGGAUCAUUUUGAGUGUACUGACAAAAUGAUCUCAUUCACUAUAGUUAAUAUGAGUUGGAUAGUUGGUCUUGUCAUUAAUUUCCUAGAGUUGCAGACAGAAGAUAAUCAUGUUCUCAGGGAAAACAAAGCUGCAUGCUACUUCUUCACCUCUCUAAUUAAUUAUAAUUAAUAUGAACAAUUAUCCCUAGAUGCUCAGACCAAGCUUGAGUUGACUCUUUCUUUCACUACACUCCUGCAAAUCAACAAAUUAAGCAUAUGCAUUGAUUCUAUGUUUCUUAUAUUUCCAUUUUAGGCACAUUUCAACCUCACAAGAUAUGGGAAAGUUCUACUGUCUACUCCAAGCAUAUGUUUAAAGACAACAAUUAAGAGACUGAAGUUUUCCUUGAAAUACAAUUUACAGAUGGUGUUAUCCCCAAGAAUGAGUUGAUUUUAAUCCAUAAAAAUAUUUGCGUUUAGAACUUAUGAUUGACGGACAAGCCAUAAAGUCACCUCAUCACUUGCAUUUUUUGCAAAGGUCAACUAAAUAAAUAUUUGUAUGGAUUAAAAUCAACUAAAUAAAUAUACAAAGAAGCUUUUCAAAAAAAUAUGAUGGCAAAGAAAGCAUCCCUUUAAUUGUGUAAAACGCUUGUCCCUUUGUAAUUAACUGCUAUUAAAUUUCUAAAGAAUUUGUUCCUACGGAGAAAUUUUGGAGUAUGAUAUUUACAAUUUGUGAUGUGCUUAAAUAUAAUUUCAUUUCAGUUGAAUCGAAAUUAGGACUAUGACAAAUGAUAUUUGAAAUAACUUAAGUACUUAUAAAAAUUUUAUUAUAUUCAAUUUAUAAGUUGGGAAGCACCAUAUGACCUAUUUAAUAAAUAAUUUAAUAGAUUUGGAGUUAAAAUUUCUUUAUAUGUAAUCUCUUCCCUUUCUCGAUUUCCUCUUGUUUGGACUGAUUCGAUAUGCGUCGGACAAAACUAAGGAAAAGAAGGAAGAAAAGAAGUUAUACAAAAAUUUAAUCUAUAAUUAUAUUAGAUAUUUGCUAAUUGCAAAUGUAAGUCAAGAUGGCCGAGUUGGUCUAAGGCGCCAGUUUCAGGUACUGGUCCGAAAGGGCAUGGGUUCGAAUCCCAUUCUUGACACUGGAUUUAAUUUUUGUUUCUGAGGCACUGUCAUUAUGAUUCGAGAAGCAAAUAUGA